AUGAGUUCGCCAUCUGAACAUCAAAAUCAUCAAAAAUUACAACAAGAACAUCAAUUACAAAAUGAACGACAACAAAGGCAACAGUUUCAACAACAGCAGCAGUAUUUAUUGAAUUUUUUUGCUGCACAAGGUGCUGCAUUACGGAAUAAUCUUUGCAUGCCCAAUAUGUUUCCAUUCAAUUGGCCUAUGACAGCCACUGCCACAGUAACGGCUUCGCCUUCGGCUGCUGCAACAGUCACCGAUUUGCCGUCUUGGAAUCCUUAUAUGCCUUAUUUGCAAAAUGGAACACAAGUGCAUCAGGAAUCUUUCGAAGAUGUCCUUAAAAAAAUGGUUCAACCAAAGCCGUCUGUGCAGUCAUCAAAUGGUUGGAGUUUUUAUCAUUUAUUUUUUAAUUUAAUGGAACUGAAUUUCGGUGCAUCAAUCGAAAAGGUGGACAUUGUUUAG